AUGUUCUCUCGAAGUAUAUGUCUGAUCGCGGCGUUAUGCUGGACGGUGGCCGAGGCUCACACUGUCCUCACGUAUCCGGGCUGGAGGGGCGAUAACUUGGUGACCAACGAGACAUACCCCUAUGGCAUGCAAUGGAUGUAUCCUUGCGGCGGCCACUACACAACCACCAACCGCACCAAAUGGCCCGUCACCGGUGGCGCCAUCGCUCUCCAACCAGGCUGGUUCCAAGGGCAUGCCACGGCAUUCUUCUACAUGAACAUCGGAUUCGGCACUGACGGACCCGACCACGGCCCACCAAACAUGUCCUUCCCAAUGGUGCCCGUCUUCCAAAUCGUCGGCCCGUCGAAGAAUCCAUAUCCUGGAACCUUUUGCCUACCACAAGUGCCGCUACCCAAUAUACCCAAUUUCACCGUGAACGUGGGGGAUAAUGCAACCAUUCAGGUUGUAGAGACGGCGAUACAUGGAGCGGCCCUGUAUUCUUGCGUCGAUAUCACGUUCGCGCUCCCCGAAGACGUCGACGAAGUCAACGAGACGAAUUGUUUCAAUUCGUCAGAUAUCUCCUUUAAUAACGUCUUCUCCACUGCGAUAAGCGGCAACACGGCCUCAUCUGCAUCGAAAACGCUCGCCAGGGCUUCCUUCUGGCCCGUUGCAGCGCUGCUUAUGUUCACUUUCCUAUAA